AUGGAAGACAACGCCGAGCUCGAAUCGUUCCGCCGACAGUGGCGCGAGGAGGUCUCGCGUCGAUCGAAGCCCAAGGCCCCUCCUGCUGUGAUUCCGGCCCCAACUGCCCCGCCUCCGACUCGUCUUCCGCCAACACGCCAUGAGGCCUCUCACCGCAAUGAGGUCGAGGAAGAGGGUCCUCCGCUGGCUUCCUUUGACCCAGAGGAGCUGGCCCAGCAGGUUGGAGAGCUGAAGGUGGAAUCGCCAGAAGAAGAUGAUGAUGACUUCUCUCGCCGUCGGGUCACGGAGCCGAAGUCUGCAUUGGAGCACUUUGAACGAGCGGUCGAGAAGGAGGCCGAGGGCAAUUUAGGAGACAGUCUAUCACACUAUCGGAAGGCAUACAGAUUGGAUUCUACUGUCGAUAAAACAUAUCGGAAUAAACACUAUGCACAUGUCUGGAAAAAGCCGAAUCAACCGGUGUCCACUACCACCCAUACGGCAGCCCAUCAACCCACGGAGACAGAGGCAGAGACCCUGCCAACACGUCAGUUGAUUGCCUCUUUUGCACACCUACCAAUCCCGCAGAGAGAACCUCUCGUUGAAGGCACACCUCCACCGCCCUGUCCGAUCUCCACCGUCCCAUCAGAGGUGAUAGUAGAGAUUCUCCGGUAUGUGGCUUUGAAUGAUCCGUCAGUAUUUGGACGGAUGGCGCUGGUCUGCAAGCGAUUGGCGUAUCAUUUCGCACACGAGCAGCACAUUUGGAAACGCAUCUGCCAAGGAAGAAAGUUUGGAUUCCAGGGAAUGCAUUACGACUUUGCAUGCGAUCUACAAGGAAAUCCCAUUUACACGCUCAGUGAUAGAUAUACUCCUUUCCCCAAGGACCAACCGAUGGAAAUUCCUGAGCCACUAUCUUCAUGGAGCCAAGUUUUUCAGGCUCUUCCUCGGAUUCGGUAUACUGGUGUUUAUAUCAGUACAGUGAACUACACCCGGCCCGGUGCUGCCGAUGCCUACCAAAACACUUCAUGGAACAGCCCUAUUCAUAUCGUUACUUACUACCGCUACUUACGAUUCUAUCCUGACGGUUCAGUGGUGUCCCUGCUUACCUCAACGGAGCCCGUCGACGUGGUCCCAUACUUCAGCAAGGAGAAUGUAAUUGCAGCACGCGCCCCGGCACAGAAAAAGCAUCAACGCCGCCUAUCAGACCAUGGCCAAUCGCUAUCAGGAGCAACUGACUCAGUUCCCCCGGCUGCAUUGAACACCUUAAAGAACGCCCUUCCAGGACGUUGGCACUUGGCCUUCCCCAUCCCUGAAUCAGACACGCCCACCGAAGCCUGGAAGCCACACUCAUCAACAGAUCAAAAGCCACUCUUAGGCGAUGAACGCGAUAUCAUUGUCGAGACUGAAGGCGUAGAAUCCAAGUACAUGUACACGAUGCAUCUCUCUUUGCGAUCCUCGACAGUUCCCAAGGCUGCCUUGGCUGGACCAGCCCCACCCAAUCCAUCGAAGAAUACUAAAUUGUCCUGGAAGGGAUUCUGGAGCUACAAUAGAUUGACGGAUGACUGGGGCGAGUUCACUCUGCGCAAUGACCGCGCUUAUGUCUUCCGUCGGGUUCGUGGAUGGGGUUUGGACUGA